AUGAUUGAUAAUAGUCUCGUAGUUGAUGUUAAUCCCCUUGCACACCUCAAAGAUGGAGCCAUUGACUUUGUUGCUGGAACGGCUGGUGGUGUUGCAAUUGUUUAUUCUGGUCAACCACUUGAUACAGUGAAAGUAAAGAUGCAAGCAUUCCCAACAUUAAAUCGCAAUUGGCUCAGUUGCUUUGGCAAUAUUAUGAGGACCGGGGGCAUAAAAGGAUUGUAUGCAGGUUCAAUACCAUCCUUAGUGGCCAAUGUCUCCGAAAACGCGGUCCUGUUCACUUCCUAUGGGUUUUGCCAAAAAGCUGUUGGGUAUGCGAGUGGAUCCAGUACAACUGGGCCGUUGGGGAAUGCUACAGGCUCAAAACGAAAGUUGUGGGCGUCUUUAUGCGGCUCGUUGGUUUUGAGGGAAGAUUAGUGUUUGCCUUAUGGUCAAUUAAAAAAAUUUUU